AUGGCAUUGUAUCCUGGGUAUCUUGAUUUUAUACGUGGUCAUGCCGCUUCAUAUGAGCCCUUGACGGAAUUGAGCGGCUUGUCCGCUUCAAGCCUGGAUGAUCCGCUUCAUUCCGCUCUCAAAGGCGGAACGAACGCAGUGGACCAAUUUGCCUCGAUGGGCCAUUCUAUUAGACCCAAUUAUUGGUAUUCUUCUUCUUCCAGCCCACUUGUAACUGGCUGCUCCUCUGGCUUUGGACGAGUCUUUGUUGACGAGAUCCUACGCCGUGGCAACAAGGUAAUUGCAACUGCUUGCCGGCCAGAGAGUGUCGCAGAUUUGAAGAAGACCAAUGCUACGGUGCUUCAACUCGAUGUUACAUGGGACUGGACUCGAAUUAUAGAAGCUAUUGAUGACGCCAUAGGUAUUCAUGGCCAUAUAGAUGUGUUCGUCAAUAAUGCCGCUUACGUCCUAGGCGGUGCUUGGGAAGACUUAUCAGAAAGAAAAACUGGCACAAACGUGUUCAUCACUUCUAUAUCUGGGUGGAGCGGAAGGGAAUUCAACGCAGGAUACUCUGGAACGAAAUUCGCUUUAGAAGGAAGUGAGAUCGCUGGGUUUGCGAACGCUGAUUACAGAGAAGAUUCUAAAGCUUUUAAGCUUCCCAUAGACAAAAAUCACACGCAGAGCGGUGAUCCCCAAAAAGGAGUGGCAAUCAUCGUGGACCUUGUUCGCCAAGAGGGAGUUGCCAAAGACGAGACUGUUCCUUUGAGAAUGCCUCUGAGUCCUGAUGCCUACGAGGUUAUUAAGAACAAAUGCGAUAAGACGAUAAAUCUUUUGGGAGACUGGAAGGAUGUCAUCUCCAGCACUGAUUUAGACGAAUAA